UUCAACUUUUCCUUUUUUUUUUUCUUAUAUCAUCUCCCUUAUUUCUGGAAAUCAAUCAUUCACAACCGUGAAUCGGAACCCUAAUCAGAACCUGCUCGAAGAUGAAGAAGUACGGAUUACAAAUCAGGGCUCCGUCUCAGAAGAAGCAGCCAACAGUUCGUCCUCCUCGUCCUUCGAUUUUCGAUGAAGACGAAGACGUUGACGUUGAGAAGGAGAUCUCUCGGCAAGCUUCAAAGACCAAAUCUCACAAAGAAACGGAGGAGCAGCUUAAGAAAGCCUUGGAAGAGGAUCCUUCCGCUUUCGCAUACGAUGAAGUUAUCGACGACAUCAAACAAAAGGCCAUCGUUCCUAAAUUGCAAGAUCGCCAAGACCGCAAGCCAAGAUAUGUGCAGCAUUUGAUGAAGAAGGCGGAGCAGAGACAGAAGGAGCAUGAGAUUGUUUACGAGAGGAAGCUUGCUAAGGAGAGGGAGAAAGACGAUGAUCUUUUCUCCGGUAAGGAGAAGUUUAUAACCGGCGCGUAUAAGAGGAAGCUUGAGGAGCAGAAGAAGUGGCUUGCUGAAGAAAGACUCCGUGAGCUUCGUGAGGAAAGAGAUGAUGUUACGAAGAAGAAGGACUUGAGUGACUUCUACUUUAACAUGGUGAAUAACGUGGCGCUUGGAGCUCGAGGUAUCGAAGAGAAAGAGGAACAGAGAAAGGCUGAGAAGAUGGAGGAGGAGAUGAGAAAAGAAGAGAAGAAAGCAGAGUCGCCGGAGAAGGAAGUGUUGUUGUUGCCUGAAUCUCAAGAUGUUGGAUCAAGCCGUAAGAGAAGUAUGGAACCUCAAGAAGAAGAAGAAGAGAAAGAUGCGUCUGAGAAGAAGAUUGGUUCAGAUGUUGUCACAGAAGAGGAGAAAGACUCAUCAAGUAAAGAGGAAGCGAAAGAGGCUCCCAAGGCAACUACUACUACACAGCACAAGAAAAGCGAGGAUGCGAUUGCUGCUGCUAGAGAACGGUUUUUGGCUAGGAAGAAGGCAAAGGUUGAAGAAUAGUUGUGCCAACGGUUUCUUUUGGUCAACUUUUUCUUCUGUAAUAUUUGAUCACUUUCUGUUUGAACACAUUUUCAGUAUAAUGCUUGUUAAGUACUUUUUCACCAAAGUGUUAAAGAUAAUCUUACUUAGAGAUCUGUCUCUGA